CUGGGGCAAAGUGUUUUUAAUCGCUUCCAUCUCCAACACUGCAUUAAUAUUCCUUUGGGUACACAAACCCAAGCCCUCCGUAGCUUCGUAUAUUUGAUUUUAAUCUUUUCAUCGCCUAAAACACAAUCGAUACCUGUUCCAAACUUGAGAAAUUCAUCAUCGUUCUUGCCAUCUCGUAUAUAGCCUUGCAAACUAUCGAUCAGGGCGAAAAUGGUUCUCGGUAUACUUACCUCUAUCGCCGCGUGUCCUGCCAUUAUAGGUACCACUGAAGCAGUACGAUCCGGUCAGAAGCAAAAUGCGAGGGAGAAGCAUAGAAGUCGAAAAGCCAAUCUUGUCGUAUCUUGUCAAGAUCCUUCCCGAAAAGCUCGUGAUAUACACGGGGGAACAGUGGUGUUGAGAGACAAUAAAGUGAGUGCUUCAAAUCCCAACUCUCAUUCACGCAGUCACUAACUAGCCUUCGUCAGCUCUUCGUCACCACAGUUAAUCCAAAAUGUAAAUUUCCCGAGGACUACGAGAAUGACGAAGAUAGAAUAAAAGGAUAUGGCCAUUUAUUUGCUGGAUACUUUUUUCCCUAUCCAGAUAGUAAAUGGGGACGAAGAGGGGAAGGUUAUGUUUCGACGAUCCAGGAUGAUCCCCCGCAACUCAACUGGAUAUACGUCGACAAAGAUACAUACGAAGUGAAGUACGGUCUGCGGAAGGAAGCUGAAGGGCAUAUAGUCGGGCCAUGGAAUGUUAGUCCAAUUGACCGGAGGUUGACUUUUGACGGAUGGGAAGGGUUCAUAGUUGUAGAAGAAGAGGAAGGAGUAUGGGCUUUGUAUUUCGACGUUGAUGACGAUGGUCUUGACGACAAAGUACCUCUGACGAAAAGGAUAAUGGAAAUUGAACUGACGAGGAGAGAGCUGCGGAUGAACAAAGGGGAUUGUAUAAUGUGA